GCUUCAGGUCAAAACUUCAAAUGUUGAGUCGUCAAGUGCAAGCUUGGCAUACAUUAUGCAGGUUUACAGGAAUUGUAAAUAAGAACACGCGAAACUGUGCGACAAAUGUUUCUGGCAAAACUGUAAAGGACAAGAAGCCAACAAUUUGGAAAAUUGACGAUAUGAAACGUGAGAAAUUAGCUAAAUUUGGUCGAUACUGUGCGGAAUGUCUGCCGAAAUUUGUACAAAGAGUACAGUUUGCCGCUGGAGAUGAACUAGAGCUGUUAAUCCAUCCAACUGGGGUUUUACCUGUGAUAGCAUUUCUAAAAGGAAAUCAUGCAGCGCAAUUUACUAAUAUCGUAUUUAUUACUGGAAUGGAUGUCCCUUCACGUAAAUUCCGUUUCGAGGUCAUUUAUGCUCUUCUUUCGAUACGUUUUAAUGCACGCAUCCGUGUGCGUACGUACACCGAUGAAAUUGCACCGCUGGAGUCAAUAACAUCGAUUUUCAAAGGAGCAAACUGGUAUGAAAGAGAAGUUUACGACAUGUACGGUGUUUGGUUCAACAAUCACCCAGAUUUACGACGUAUUCUCACUGAUUACGGUUUUGAAGGGCAUCCGUUUAGGAAAGAUUUUCCCUUAUCUGGUUAUGUUGAGUUGCGUUAUGAUUCUGAACUCGGUCGCUGCGUAUAUGAACCAACCGAAUUGGCACAAGAAUUCCGAAAAUUUGAUCUGAAAACUCCAUGGGAGUCUAUGCCUAACUUCCGCGACGAAUCGAUGAUGUCGCGCUAUGAACAAAUCGGUUUAGAGGAGCCUAAGGAAGAAACCGAGAAGGAUAAGAAAUAAAUUAUUUAAAUUUGAUGUAAACAGUGUAUAUAACAAAUUUGCUAGAAAAAAUCCAUCGAUUUGG